AUGGCAGUUAUUCAUCUUAGUGGUAGCGAACUGUUAUCCCAAUGGGCAAAUCUACUUUCCAAAUCUCGAAGCAUUAAGCUCAACGAAGCCGACGUAACCAAAGAUGCCGUGCAUCCCAUUACGUUGCUUGGUAACAUAAGUCUCGUUCUCUCAGAACAAGGCGCUCUCAGAGAAAGCCAGAUAUUUUCACAAAUAUCUGAAAUUUCCUUGACGUCGCCCAAUCAUGGAGGCUUGGGUCUGAAGAUAGAUGAGGAAGCAACACAAGAUGACAUACACGAGAUCAGCUUCCUUAUAUCGGCGUGGCUGGAGGCACUCAACUCGGACGACCGAAAGAAACACGUUGGACAAAGUAUUCAACAAGUGGCUCCAAAAGACAGGCCGCCGAUGACAGUCACAGAGAAGAUCUUUGCCAUGCACGCCAUUGACUCCAAAGGCUAUGUUAGGACUGGUGAGACAAUCCGAGUGUCUUUAGACUGGAUCAUGGCUUCAGAAGCAUCUUGGGCGGGCAUGGAACGCACAUAUGAUAGUCUAGGAAAUCCAGGAAUUUUUCGCAACGAUCGUUUCUGGCUUGCCGGAGAUCACGUUGUGGAGCCUAGGGUCAAAGGCGUUCCAGCGGUUCAAAGACUCAUCGAAUCGUCUGAAAAGGCUCGCAAAGUCUUCAAAAUGACAGAGUAUCAAGGAAUGAAUUAUACCAUCAUGCAUACCGAAUUCUUCAGAGAACGCGCUCAGCCUGGAAUGCUCAUCAUUGGCUCGGAUUCUCAUACGUGCUCUUCCGGUGCGGUUGGUUGCCUUGCCAUUGGACUUGGAGCGGCAGAUGUCACAAUGGGUCUCAUUACCGGAGAAACAUGGUUCAAAGUACCUGAAGUUGUCAAGAUUGAGUUCAUUGGAGAGCCGAGCCGUGGCAUUGGUGGCAAAGAUGUCAUCCUCUAUGUGCUACAGCAACUCAAGAGAAACACAGUCGCAUCAGAUCGAAUCGUCGAGUAUACAGGAGCCGGCCUCAAUUACCUCUCUCCAGAUGCGCGAUUUGCAAUCGCUAAUAUGACAACUGAACUCGGAGGUGUUACAGGGAUUUUCACUCCUGAUCACAUAACUAAAGGGUUCAUUGAUGGCAGAAAAUUGGCGCGACAUAAGAAUGCAUCGCAUUACUUUCGCCCAGACGAGGGCGCGGUAUAUGCUGAAUCACACAUCAUCGAUCUAUCCAAGGUUGAGUCAUUCGUGGCCAAGUAUCCAAACCCUGAUGACGUCGUUCCUGUUACGGAUGUUCUGGGUAUGAAGUUGGACGGAUGCUUCAUUGGAGCAUGUACUACUGCAGAGGAAGACAUCAUUCUUGGCGCAUUGGUUUUGGAACAGGGACUACAGAUGGGACUCUCUCCGCUGAGAGAUGGCAAGAAGCGAAAGGUGGUUCCUGGAUCCCUUCCUAUUCUCGACAGGUUGCAAAAAUUGGGACUUGCGCAGAUAUAUGAAGACGCUGGCUUCGAAAUUGGCGUUCCAGGAUGCAGUUACUGCGUGGGCAUAUCGGCGGAUCGUGCUUCAGAGGGCGAAGUAUGGCUGUCGUCUCAAAAUAGGAACUUUGAGAACCGUAUGGGCCAAGGCUCUAUUGGAAACCUCGCUUCCGCUGCUACGGUAGCGGCAUCUUCAUUUUCGAUGGCAGUGGCAAAUCCGCAGCAUUUCAUUGAUCAAAUCCCAGCAGAGAGAUGGGAACUUAUGACUGGCCGUGGGUCAUUGAGGGGAAUGUCAUCAGGCCAGGAACCAAAUUGGGUUGAACCAGCGAGUCCAGGAGAAGCAGCCACGAGCGAGAGUGAAUUGAAAAAAGCAGACGAGAGUGGACAACAAGAUAAGAGUGAGAAUGCAAUAAUCCGUGGGAAAAUCCAGAGACUUGGAGAUUUUGUUGAUACAGAUGCUUUGGCACCGGCCCAGUUUCUCAUCUCAUCUCGGACCAACGAAGAAUUGGGAGCUCAUUGCCUUGAAUUUACAAAUCCUUCCUUUCGCUCACGAGCCAAAGAAGGCUUCAACGUGGUAGUAGCGGGCAAAGCAUUUGGCUGCGGCUCUUCAAGAGAGCAGGCCGUAUCUGCAUUACUUGGAUGCGAUAUCAAAUGUGUCAUUGCAGAGUCCUUUGCUUUUAUCUACGGCCGCAAUCAGCCCAGCCUCGGACUUCUUGGCUUUACCAUGGACGACCCGGCUUUUUACAAAGCUGCUGCAGACGGUGAAGAAAUAAGUAUCAGUCUGGAAACUAAUAGCCUUACAAUCGGAGAUCGAGAAUUUUCUUUUAGUUUAUCUGCGAUGGAGAGGGAGUUGGUGGAAGCAGGGGGCAUUACACCAGCGUUUAAGAAGUUUGGCAAACAGCUCUUUGACAUGAUCUGCGGCAGCACCAAAGAUGCUAGAAGAGAAGUAGAGGUCAGAGGCCAAGCGGCUGGUAUGCAAUGGUGA